GGAAUUUUGAAGGUCAUCACAAUGCACGGAAGUGUUUUCCUAUAUAAACUUGUGUUAAGACCCUUCGAGUAGAUCAGUCUGUAAAACUCCCAGAUACACUAAACAAUCGACAUGUUCAAGUUUGUAGCUUUGUUGUGCCUCGCGGCUGUUGUUGUCGCCAAGCCAGGAGCAAUUUUCUCUCCCAUCAUUUCUGAUAUUGUGUCGGAAAAAGUAAUUGAAUCUCAUGGAAAUAGUGUGGUGCACGCAGCAGCCCCAUACGCCGUUCAUGGAGUCGCAGGAGUCUCACUCUUAGGAGAAAAAACCAUUGAAGCUCACGGAAAUUCCAUCGUUCACAGUGCGGCUCCAGUUCUACAUUCCGUUCCACUUACAUACUCCUAUGGCCUUGCUUACAACCAGCCCAUCUAUUUGCACUAAAUUCGACAAUAAAAAAAAUCCUCCCUGUCAUCAUCCAAAAUCAUCAAACCUGACUUAUUUGUAAAUUUUACAAUUUUUUUUUUUUUUUUUUUUUUGAAAAUGAAAAUUUUAUUU